AUGCACCUGCAUUUCAUUCUCUUAUCUCCAAGCUUAGCAUACAUGACUUGGACGUUGAAGCUUGAGGAGGACUAUUGGUGUACACACCUGGAAGUCAAUGGAGUGGCAAGGCGCCUUCGAGUAACUCCUCAAGGUUCAAAGCGUAAACCGGUAUGGGGCUUUCCUGGUUGGAUUGGAUGCUUCAAGAACACCGAUAAUGGGAGGGACGUUAAGUUGUUGGUGGAGACAGACAAAGAUUUGAAGCUCAGAACCAACUCUAGUGUGUUGGAUUGUGCGUCUUUUGAUGCCAAAACACUCAUUCGUGAGCAGCUGCACAUUGCUAGAGGUUUUAGCCUGUUAGCUUGA